UGUUCAGUCUCACCAUGAUCGGUCCAAGCAUUCCCGAACAUUUACUGAAAGCAAAGCAACGUCAAAGCGAGGAGAGCGAAGAGGAAACAUCUGUUGCGCCGUCCCAAAAUGAUAUUGGACCGUACAUUCCCAGUCACUUAAUUGAGAAAAAAAGACAAGGAGACACUGAAAACAACGAAGAAGACCAAGCUCAUUCACCACCCAGAAGCCCUCCUGCGGCCGAUAACGCGAACGACGACGAUGACGAUGCCGAUGCCGAUGCUUAUGUUCCUGCACUACCGCCGGAUUUAUUGGAAGAACGCAAGAAAGCCGCACCUUCCAGUGGUAAAGAAGGACGAAGACGACGGCCGGUGGGACCUACUAUGCCGACAGCCUGGGAUGCCGCUGCUUAUGCACAACAAGAAGAUGAAGACGAUAUUGUUGGACCGAAACUUCCUUCCAGUGACGAUAAUGAUGCGGCAGGUGGGAUUCAGUCCACCAUUGCAGAGAUAGAAGAAAGAGCACGAAGAAGCAAAGAAUUACUGGAACAGAAGGCGUCGGGUGUAUCAGAAAAAGUCGAACGUCCAGAGUGGAUGCUGGUGCCGCCUGAAUUGGAUUAUUUAAAAACAGCCGAUUCAUCCCGGUCCCGUACAUUUAGCAAUAAGAUUAUGGAUGCUUCUGAUCGAGAUACCAGUGUGUGGACAGAAACACCGGCCGAGCGAUUAAAGCGACAGCAAGAAGAGGUCUUGGGCAAGCGGAAAAAAGCGCCAACACGUGCCCCGCCUUCGAUGCAGGAUAUCGAGACAAGAAGGAAUCUUGAAGAGUACAAUAAAACAAAACGGGCGGAAUCAUUGAUGGAUAUGCACCGGAAAAAAGCGAAAUCAAGCAAGGGCAAGGAGGAUGUAUCGAAACGACCUUUUGAUCGAGAAAAGGAUUUGUUGGGCUCCAAACCCAUGGAUCGAAGAACCAAGAAUGAGCUUUUGAAACGAUCAACGGAAUUGGGUUCACGUUUCGGCAGUGGCAGUCGUAGCUUCCUUUAAUGCUUCCACAAUUCCCAUUACCUUGACACUCAAACACCAUCAUGUUCUUUUUUCUCUCUCCUGUUCUGUUUGUUUUUAGACGCUCCUCAGUUCUUGACAAGUAACCGACUGUCAAAAAGAAAGAGGUUGAAUCAAGAAUCAUCCGGUUAUUAUUCUCCUAAUCCGCUUCCUACUGCAAGGGAUUUUCAGGGUACCGUUUGCGCGGUUUCUUGUUUUCUCAUUUGUUCUUCCCUUUUUUUUCUUCUGUUUUGGAUGAUGCGAGUGUAGAAAAACAGUGGGCUCAGGGACUGAUGUACGAUUAAUGUUCUUGCGAAUUAAAACAAAAAAACAUUAUUUGAA